AAACAUUUGAACGUUAAACAAAAAUUCGUAGUUACCGCCAAUUGUAAUUAGGAAAGUCACAUCUGACAGCAGCCAAACAUAACCUACCAAUUACGUAAAUCCGCGUAAAAUGGCUGGAGCAUUGAAAAGAACAACAGGCUUAACUGGUCUGGCGGUGGCCAAGAACCCCCAUCACACCCUGGGCGUGUUGUACAGCAAAAUAUUGCGUACACUGCAAAAAAUGCCGCAGGACGCCGCUUACAGGAAAUACACGGAGGAAAUAGUGCACGAACGGGCGAAGAUUCUGCAAAACAACAAAGAUGUGCCUACGGUUGAGAAGUUGAUAAACUGCGGCCAGAUCGAAGAAGUGAUAGUUCAGGCCGAGAACGAACUGAUUUUGGCCCGUAAAAUGGUCAAUUGGAAGCCGUGGGAGCCCCUAAUCAAAGAAGCCCCAGCGACCCAGUGGACCUGGCCUCCGGCCCAACCAAAAUAAUUUAAUAUAUCGAUUUGUAAAUAAUUUAAUGAGAUAGAAAUUAGAAAUAAACGUUGAUUUACUGAA